CAGAGGGAUGCUCCAUUUAUAGGAUCCAGUAUGACCAUGCGUUACACAGCCAUUAAUUUCAGUCGGGUACUAUGUAAUGCUUCUUUCUCCCUGUGGGGGUGCUGCAGUAAAACACUUCCUGCCAAGUUCCUCCAUAGUUUUCAGUUCAUCGCUGAGGUUCUCAGCAGGAGACUCUGUGAUCAGCAUGUCAAGAGACCCUUCUGGUGAAAUGGGUUUGUACAAACUAGAACUCACCAGCCCUCAACUAGACAUAACACAGUUUUUGCCUGGAAAGUUCCAAGCAUAAUAGCAAAAGAAACAUAAAUGACCAAUGGUUAAUGUGCUUUUAGAUUUCAACUUUUCAAGAGGCAUCAUAAAUCAAACAUCAGUGGGAGAGUUUACGUUGGUUGGUUUCACAGAUGUCGAAGAACUUCAAGUUCUCCUUUUUUGCUUAUUUUUUAUGUUUUUUCUCUUAAACAUUACUGGCAAUAUCUCUAUUUUGUGGUUUGUGACUUAUGAUUCAAGUCUCCAUACCCCUAUGUAUUUUUUCCUGGGGAACCUUUCCUUUUUUGAUAUUUCCUUUUCGUCUGUUGCCGUGCCAAAAAUGCUAUGUGACUUCUUAUCUCAGCAGAAGACCAUCUCGUUUGGUGGCUGUAUUGCUCAGAUGCAUUUCUUUCAUUUUCUGGGAAGCUCUGAGGUUACUUUACUCACCAUCAUGUCUUAUGACCGUCUGGUAGCAAUAAGCAACCCCUUACGUUAUUCAGUCAUAAUGAACAGAAAGCUUUGUGUUUGCCUUGUCAUCGGCUCUUACAUUACCGGCUUUCUUCAUUCUCUCUUGCAUACCUUGCUUACAGCAAAGCUUCCAUUUUGUGGACCUAACAGGGUCAACCAUUUCUUCUGUGAUGUUAAACCAGUGCUGAUAUUAGCCUGUGCAGAUAUUUCCCUAAAUCUCAAACUUCUCACCAUGGUAACUGGGUAUCUGGCAACCACAUCUUUUCUACUAACCCUCUUUCCAUAUAUUCUAAUCAGUAAAUUUCUUCUGAAAAUACAAACCGUUCAAGGUCGAAAGCGAGCAUUUUCCACCUGUAGCUCCCACCUCAUGGUUGUCUCUCUCCUCUUUGGAACAGCCAUGUUUACCUAUUUGGGACCUUCUUCGCAAGAUAUUUUAGAUCAUGACAGAGCUGCAGCUGUGCUAUUCACGGUCAUUACUCCUGCUCUAAACCCAGUUAUAUAUACGUUACGUAACAAAGACAUGAAAAAAGUAAUGAAAAAAGCUAUUCAGAAGUGGUUGAAAAUUUAAAACAAGAAAUGUUAUGAUGAAAAUAAACUGGAAAGCCUUGAUUUUCUUAAGGAUCGUUAUGGUGAAAAUGAACUAGAAAACCAUGUUUCUCAUAUCUUUAACCUUAAUAUCCAGAGGCAUACAUAAAAACACAGAGAACACGCCAUAGUGUAGAUAUUUCAAGAUAAGGUAAUAGCAGAGUGCAUGUUUAUGCUCUCCAGAGUAAGGAUGAGUUGAUAUCACUGUUUCAUUUUCCAUUCUUCUAAUUCAUAUAGGACUUAAUUUUUUAAUUUACAAUAAUGGACCUCAGAUGGAAAUGGCUAAAACGGAUGCAAAACGGGCAUAACAGAUGCUUGAAAUACAGGAUCCGUUUGUAUAGUUUUUUCUGUUCUUUUGAUGGAUCAGAAGAACGGAAAACGAAACGGUGAUGUGAACCCAGCCUGAGUUGUUUAAAUGUGAGGCACAUCACUGAGAACUGCUUGAACUUUUACGGUGAUUGUGGUUCUCCUUACACCUGAAUUUCUUACCUCUACAAAACCAUCCACCAGUAAGAGAGCAGGAUCCAACAGACUCUGUCAGUAAAUCCAAGAUCUGGAAAAAAGGAAGUGUAUUAAAAUUGUACUGUGCAUUUGAAGGUCCAUCUGACCUCCUCCUUAGGUGCGUAUAGCUGAACAGAAGUUCCUCCAGAAGAACAUCAUUAUAAUCAAGGGUGUGCAAAGUUGGCUGAAGGACAUGGAGUUGAAGACAAACACCAGACCUUAUUCUCCUAUGUUGUUUUAUACUGGGCUGAACUUCAUAGUAG